AUACUCGCUUUCACAACACAAACGUCUCUUCGAACAUUGAGAGAGAGACUUCACCUCCGACAGGAUUGUCGUUUGAAAGUCUCCGCAGAACUACAAUAAUCCUACCUACGACUAGUCGAAUCGUCGAGGUGAGUGAUGGAAGGUUGACAAGUUUACUCUUUUGCUAAUAGUCUGUCAUUUUAAAGGCGUUCAUCGACAAUGUCAUCCCCACUCAACCACGGAUGGAUUCCGCAGGAUACAAUCACGAUCACCCCCCAAAGUGACCUCACGAUUCAGAUUGACCAGUACUCGCGACAAGACGGAGAGAAAGUGCUCGAGAGAACGGCUCUGAUGCACGUGAAAAGGGACGUCUUGGUAAACUCAAGCAGGUACUUCCAGACCAUGAUGGGAGGCAGGUGGGCUGAGUCCAAGGGCGACAGUAUUGUCUUGGAAGAUGACACCGUGAGAAGUAUGGAGAUAUGGCUUCGAUCUUAUCACUGCACGUUAGAUGCGAUUCUAUUAGACGAUAUCUCCGUCGCGGACAUAUGGCAUGUCAUACUCGCCAGCGACAAGUACCAAUUUGACCGAGAUGAGUUGCAGGAGUGGUUCAUCAGAUGGUUCCGCAAUGCGACAGCUGGGGGAUUACAUCACGAUAGCCUUGCCAACAAGUUGAUGCUCCCUUGCUACGCCUUUGACUACGCACAAGGUUUCCAGGUCCUCACAAGGAGCCUUGCUUAUGAAGAGAAGGGUCACAUCAUGGAGAUUAACCCGAUCGAGAACGUCCGAUUGCAUCUACCGCCGAGGAUUAUCCAACAGGUGAAUGCCGCCAAGGGACGGCUCCGAAAUGUCCUUAACCGGGAGUUAUUUGCGAAGAUCAACUCACUGAUUGAGAAUGCUUCUUGUGGCUGUAAGGAUGAAACCGUUUUCAAUUACCUGAGGGAACUGGGCAGAAUCAAGGUUCAGCCAAUGGAGGAGGGGUCGUUUUCCCGCGUCAGUAUCCAAUGCUAUCUCACUCGACUACGAUUCUUCGAUCAUGAGCGAAUGCUCCGAGGGAUAUCCAAACGACGCUGUUUUGAUUGCAAUUUCAAUUGGAUGGUGGGAGUUGAAAAGGCGAUCAAAGUGACGGCCAAGUAUUUCGAUGGACUGUGUCUGGACUGUAUGAAAACAACUGUCAAGGCUGAUAAGGAGUACUGGGACCACAUUAACUUCUCCGAGCGAUACGACGCCGGUUGCCGCAUCACUCAUGGGGAGCCCACGCAUUACUUCAGUCUCAUGGCGCGCCGUGAUAAGAGAGGCCUAGUUGCGGAUUAGCAUGAGCGCUAACCGCGAUAAUUACUAGGACGCUUCAUGUUGAAUGGCCAGGGAUCGAUGGUUGCUGGUGUGCCAAGUCUGAAACCAUGGAGACUAUCGCUAUUACAUUGAGCCAUGUUUAAGCUCCAUAUGAGGAAAUUCUGCAGACCAUCGAUAUUCCAGCGCGAUAAUCCAUACUAUCGCUGUUUCUGCUUAUGUCUUACGCAUCCUCUAUAUCGAGCUUCAAACAUCAAGAUGGUAUUCAGCGCUGUAGACCAGCUUAGGGAGAGUGUCGAGACCGCCGUCGA